UCACGUGACUACAGCACUCGGUCUUACGGCUUUAUUUUCUUAGUUAGUGUUACCCGAGAAAGAAACAGUGGGAACACUUAAUGCUGUCGUGCUGCAAGUGAUAGGUUCAGAAUCAGAGUGAAAGACUUUUCAAAAACACAAACUGGCCAUCAUGUUGAGCAAGUCCAUAAUAUCUUCAAGGUUUUCCCACAUACCAUGUGGAACUGUGGGAAUGAUUUCACCACAGGCUUUUUCUACCACAGCUUCUCGAGAGGAAAAAAAAAGUUACAAGUUAGUUGUGGUUGGAGGAGGAUCAGGGGGGAUUACAAUGUCUGCAAAGUUUGGCUCCAAACUGGGCAAAGGAAAUACAGCUAUCAUAGAACCUAUGGAGACUCACUAUUAUCAACCCUACUGGACACUAGUAGGAGGAGGGCUGAAGAAUGUCGAAAACAGUGGUCGUCCAAUGAAAAGUGUCAUCCCCAAAACAGUAGAUUGGAUCAAAGACAGAGUUGUGUCUUUCGAACCUGAUAAAAAUGUGGUUCAUACUCAGAACGGGCAUGAGGUAUCGUAUGAAUAUAUGAUAGUGUCAAUGGGAAUAAAGCUAGAUUUUCAAAAGAUCAAAGGCUUACCGGAAGCUUUUCAAACCCCUGGAGUUUGUUCCAACUAUUCACUGCAUACGGUUACCAAAACACCUCAAGCAAUGAAGGACUUUAAAGAAGGCAAUGCAGUUUUCACGUUACCCAACACACCCAUCAAGUGUGCCGGAGCACCUCAGAAAGUUAUGUACCUUACUGAUGCUUAUAUGAGAAAAGUUGGCAAGAGAGACAAAGCCAAUUUUAUCUAUAACACAGCUUUAGGGGUUAUGUUCAGUGCUCCAAAAUAUGCUGCUGAACUGUUGGAAGUGGCUAAAGACAAAGGAAUUGCUGUAAACUUUCAACACAACCUUAUUGAAGUUAAUUCUGUCAAGAAAGAAGCAACAUUUGAAAAGUUAUCAAGUGAUAAAGAACCUAAAGAAACUGUGACAUAUCCAUAUGAAAUGCUUCAUGUCACACCACCAAUGAGCACUCCAGAGCAACUCCAGAAGAGCCCCCUAGUGGAUGCUUCAGGUUAUCUUACUGUUAACAAACAUACUUUACAACAUGUUAAAUAUCCCAAUAUAUUUGGAAUUGGUGACUGUACUAAUGUUCCAACUUCAAAAACAGCUGCAGCCAUUGCUAGUCAGAGUGGAGUUCUGAGAAAGAAUCUGAAGGCUGUAAUGGCAGGACAACCACUACCAGGCCAGUACAAUGGAUACACAUCCUGUCCGUUAAUCACUGGAUACAACAAGUGUAUCCUGGCAGAAUUCGACUUUGACUUGAAACCAUUGGAGACGUUUCCUUUCGAUCAGGGGAAGGAAAGUCGGCUCAUGUGGCACGUUAAAAAGGACUUCAUGUCUCCACUCUACUGGCAUCUUUUGCUUAAUGGCUGGUGGGAAGGACCUUGGCUUUUCAGGAAGCUCUUCCAUUUAGGAAUGUCUCGAUGAAAGUGUAUUAACUUACACAUUUGUAUUAAUGUGUGCUUCUGUUAGAGCCACAAUGUGAAUGAUUGUUUGUUUUUUAAUUAAUCUUAUGAGGUGGCUGAAUUUUGUAGCCUUACAUAAAAAAUAUUUUCUUCUAAGACGUUUUUUUUAAUGGUUACACAAGAUACAACAGUAAAAUGUGAUAGGUAACUUAUAUGUAUAAUUGGAUUUAAAAGUCCUCAUGUAGUUUUGUGUUCAACAAGGAACAAACGAUAAGUGACGUUUAUUGUUUAUAUUGUAAUUGUGAUAAAACAAUGUGUUUUACGUAUUACUAAAAUGAAAAAAGAAUCACUAAUGUGUGUGUGUGUGUGUUAUUUUUUUUAUUUCCGAAUCUAAGGUUUGAGUACAUUCAGAGAAUGACCUUUAGAAAUAUAAAUUACGGCUGUUAUCCAUAUUUCAGUGUUUUUAUCUGAGUUUUUCUUUUGUCUGUAACACACUGCCUUUGUCAAUAAACUUGGGAUGAUCCAGUUUUUAUGCCAA